AUGCCGGCGGCGACGGGGAAUCCCUUGCCAUCCCUGGCGGAACUGCAGAUGCAUGGGCGGCACAUCAAGGAAGCCAUUGAUGAACAACCCACGCCCAUUCGCUUGGCCUCAUAUCUGGGUCCUGGUGGCACCCUGGCGCUUUUGAUCACUGCUCUAGUUGCCUCAUCAACUGCUGCUUGCCUGGAUCACUGCUUGCGGGUCAGUGAUGUAUUGGAAGACAGGCUUCUGGAAUGCAUGGACAACUGCGAGGUGACCAGGCAAGCGAGUGUGACGAAGACCUGUGAGAGUCAAUGCCACUCUGAGGUGCAGUACACUCGACGGCAGGUGCAACGGCAGAAGACCGAGUGCCGCCACCCCAGGGGACGGUCGUUUCAAGGCUCGCGGUGCUGA